AUGACUCAGAGUCCUGGAGUUAUUGUCGCCAUUGUAGCCUCAGUAUCAGCGGUUGUUGCUGUAACAGGAGUCGUCUUGGGACUUAUCUUCAGAGAGAAAAAGCCUAAGAAGACUCUUAUUGAUAAUGACACUAAAAUAAGUUUACGUGUGGUAGACAGAAAUUUCAUCACUCAUGAUACUAUCCGUCUGAAGUUGGGUUUGCCCACAGCUGAUCAUGUUUUGGGACUGCCUGUCGGUAAUCAUGUAUAUUUCAGUGCCAAAGUAAAUGGUAAUUUGGUUGUUCGACCAUAUACACCUAUCUCGCUGGACACUCAGAAAGGAUAUGCUGACUUCGUCAUAAAGGUUUACAAAGCAAAUGUUAAUCCUAGAUAUCCUAAUGGUGGAGUAAUGUCACAAUAUGUUGCCAAUGUUCCUAUAAAUGGAUAUAUUGACGUCCGCGGUCCAUCUGGAAAUUUAGAGUAUAAAGGAUGUGGUUUAUUCCAUAUUAAACCAGAUGCACGUAGUGCACCGAAUCCUGUAAAAGUGAAACGUGUGAAUAUGGUUUGUGGCGGUUCUGGUAUUACACCAAUGUUCCAACUUUUGUCGUAUAUUCUUGAUUCUAAGAAUGAUGCAACUCAAAUAGCUAUGGUCUUUGCCAAUGUGAGUGAUAAAGAUAUAAUUCUGCGUGAUGAACUGGAAAUCUUGAAAGACAAAUAUCCUAAUCAUUUCCGUCUAUGGUAUACCGUGAGCGACCCACCUGAACAUUGGUCGUACAGUACAGGUUAUAUUAAUGAGAAAAUGUUACAGGAGCAUAUCUAUCCAUCAAGUGAAGAUACACUCACACUUCUCUGUGGACCUCCACCAAUGAUUGAAUUGGCCUGUUUACCAUCAUUGAACAAGUUAAAUUAUCCUAGAAGUCUAAUUUAUGUAUUCUAA